UUGCGUGUCGGUAAAGCUCAUUCCAACUGACCAGAGGGAGGGAGGGAGAGGGAGGGAGUGGGGUACAGAAACAGUGAACAAACACUCUGACACUCAGAGUCGACGCGGCAGCAGAGCUCUGCGCUUCAACUAUGGAUGUUUGAUAGAGGGGAAGACUCAGAGAGACACAGAGAGAGGGCUGACUGAGGCAGACUGCCGGUGGAUGUGUGAGUCUGCGGCCGGCCUGAAGUGGAUCUGUACCGGCCCCGGUGUGAAUGGGAUUACCCCGGUCGUUCCGGUGCUGCUGCUGGAGGAAACAUGCGGCUGCAGAGCUUCCCGGUCCCCACGGUUCUCCUCCUCCGCCACCUCCUGCUGCCGCCGCUGCUGCUGAUCGGGCUCUGCAGCGGCACAAGUUUCCCAAGUAACAUCAACAUAGGAGGCCUUUUCCCCACUGGCUCCCAUGAGUAUGAGGUGUUUCGUUUCGCCCUGGCUCAGCACCAGGACGUCCCCAAACUGGUGCCACAGGUGGACAUGGUGGACACAGGGAGCAGCUUCGCCAUGACCUACGCCUUCUGCUCCCAGUUCUCUAAGGGUGUGUAUGCCAUCAUGGGCCUGUAUGACCGGCGGACCGUCAACAUGCUGAUGUCUUUCUGUGGCUCUCUUCACGUCUGCUUCGUCACGCCGUCCUUCCCCGUCCACACCAACAACCAGUUUGUGCUGCAGCUGCGGCCCCAGCUCCAGGAGCCCCUCAUGGCCCUGCUGGACCACUUCUACUGGACCAGGUUCGUCUACAUGUACAGCUCCGACUCAGGUGAGCAGCGCUCAGUGAAACACCUGUCUGAUGUUUUUACUCACACAUGAAACAUGGAGACUGA